AUGCUCUACGACCUCAACGUCCCCUGGUCUAUGGAUCAAUAUCACCCCCACCAGCAACGAACCAUCUCCUUCCUCUCCGAGCUGGGCUACGACACGCUCGCCUUGAACCACACAAUAACAGGUUCACUGCCAGCGGCAAUCAUAAACCCAAUCCCCGCCGUACCCUCCUUCGAGAUCCCCAAAAAGACAGUCCUCCUCCGCCGCUGUACAUUAAACAUCGUAGACCCAAGCCAGAACUACCGUCUGCCCGCCCUCGCUGCAGUCUACGAUAUCCUCGCCUUACGUCCGACGACGGAGAAAGCAUUUCUGGCAGCAUGUCUUUCCCUCGAUUCACACAGCAUCAUCUCGCUGGACCUCACACAACGCUUCUCGUUCCACUUCAAGCCGAAGCCGUUAAUGACCGCCAUAAACCGGGGGAUUAUGAUUGAGAUCUGCUAUAGUCAGAGUAUGGAUACCAGCGGCGAUGGGAGCAGUGCGAGAAGGAAUUUUAUUGGGAAUGUGGUGGCGAUUGUGAGGGCUACGAAGGGUAGGGGAUUGGUGGUUAGUAGCGGGGCGCAGAGUGUGCUGGGUGUUAGGGCGCCGGCUGACGUGCUGAAUUUGUUGGAUGUGUGGGGUUUGAAGAAGGAGAGGGGGUUAGAGAGUCUUGGGGUUAAUCCGAGGGGUGUGGUUGUUAAUGAGGGGCUGAGGAGGACGAGUUUUAGGGGGGUGGUGGAUGUUGUUGAGGGGGGU